AUGACCUUUGCACAGCUGAUUGACCAUGUUGACAGUGACACCAUCCGGGAACGCGUGAGAAAAGGAGGUUGCAAAGAAGUCGUUAAAGGAAAUUACCUUCAACCUGCAAUCUGCAACCUGCACCCCUCAGUUCUGCGAGACACGUUAGGCGUGGUGGCUGAGCUUCUGAGUGCUCUGUCCACCAACAUGGCCGCCCGCACGGAGGCCGCCCAGUCCCCCGCCCGCUCCCGCCCCCUGUCUCACGCCCUCUCCUCCGACACCGCCUCCACCACCACCGCCGCCGCCGCCGCCACCGCCAGCGUCGGGGGUGGCGCGCCCGCCAACCGCCACAGCCCGAGGCCCUCCAACAGCGUCAACGUGACGGAGAACCCCAUGGCCUCCUCUCCCGCGCAGAACAGACACGACGACCCCGCCGCCGCCACAGCCCCUCCGACGCCCCUCCCCGCCUCCGCCUCCGUCGCCGCCGCUGCCACCAACCCCGCCACUUCUCCAACCAAAACCCCCUCCAACCUCACCGGCCCCGACUCCGGCAAGGCCAACCCGACCACCGACGCCAACCGACCGGACGUGACCCAGUGUGACCAGGGCAAGACCGACACGCCCUCCGUCCCGGUGUCAUCUCCCCCGAACUCGGACCCUCCGCCGCCGUACCAGGUCGCCAGUCUCGCCUCGGGCAAGGUCACGUGUCCUCUACAUGGGACUAUUGAAAUUAUAUUUGGCUAUAAAAAGUCUCCGUCGGGUACGCACUGA